UCGUUAUCUUUUGUCACGUAGCGGAGCUCUUAAACUGUCAACACGGGUUCUGGACAAACCGUGCGCUGCUUUCUCACAUUUUGAAGAAAAUGAUACAAAGGGCGACACAUCCCUCAAAAUCCCGGAAUACAUCUUUGUAUUUGUAGUCUUUCUGACUGUCAUCAGGUUUGGAAGGAGGGAUGCCGGUGGAGAGCGGGAGCAGCGGCGCCGCCCGUCAGGCCAAACAGAAGAGGAAGUCCCACAGCCUGUCCAUCCGCAGGACCAACAGCACCGAGCAGGAGCGCUCUGGUCUGCAGAGAGACAUGCUGGAGGGACAGGACUCCAAACUGCCUCUGUCUCUGAGGAGCAAUCUGCUGGACCUGUUCAGUCAGAUCGAGAGGGAGUUUGAAAACCUCUACAUAGAAAACCUGGAAUUACGCAGAGAAAUCGAAACGCUGAACGAUCGUUUGGCUGCAGAAGGACAGACUUUCGAAGGGGCAGAUUUAGCCAAAGGAGCACUGAAAACAAAAGCGAGUCAUAGCACCAGCCAGCUGUCACAAAAACUAAAGACGACCUACAAGGCUUCCACAAGCAAGAUUGUGUCCAGUUUCAAAGCAACCACGUCCAGAGCAGUGUGCCAGCUGCUCAGGGAGUAUGUUGGCCACAGAGAUGGCAUCUGGGACCUGAGCGUCACCAGGACACAACCUGUGGUUCUUGGUACUGCAUCUGCUGACCACUCUGCGAUGCUGUGGAGCAUUGAGACAGGAAAGUGUCUCCUCAAAUAUAUGGGCCAUCAAGGAUCAGUCAACUCCAUCAAGUUCCACCCCACUGAACAGAUGGCUCUGACAGCCUCUGGAGACCAGACAGCUCACAUCUGGAGAUACAUGGUGCAGCUGCCAACUCCACAGCCUGUUGCUGAUAUCAGUCAGCAGACACCCUGCGAAGACGAUGUUGACUUUUCGGAUAAAGAUGAGGCCGACGGCGAGGUUGAGGGUCCAAACGACUGUCCUUCUGUCCGUGUGGCGACCACGACUCUGCGCAGCCACCAGGGUGUGGUGAUCGCUGCUGAUUGGCUGGUGGGGGGCAAACAGGUUGUGACGGCCUCCUGGGACCGAGCCGCCAACCUGUAUGACGUGGAGACCUCAGAGCUGGUCCACUCACUCACUGGCCACGACCAGGAGCUGACCCACUGCUGCACACACCCCACCCAGCGUCUGGUGGUCACCUCAUCCAGAGACACCACCUUCAGACUGUGGGACUUUAGAGACCCGUCCAUCCACUCUGUCAACGUGUUCCAGGGACACACUGACACGGUGACGUCUGCUGUGUUCACGGUGGGAGACAACGUGGUGUCUGGGAGUGACGAUCGAACCGUUAAAGUGUGGGACCUGAAGAACAUGAGAUCGCCCAUAGCAACCAUCCGCACUGACUCUGCUGUCAACAGGAUCAGCGUGUCGGUGAACCAGAAAAUCAUCGCUCUUCCUCACGACAAUCGGCAGGUCCGGCUGUUUGACAUGUCCGGGGUGCGACUGGCUCGACUCCCACGAAGCAACAGACAGGGUCACCGGCGUAUGGUGUGUUGCUCCGCCUGGUGUGAAGACAACACCUCGUGCAACCUCUUCACGUGCGGCUUCGACCGGCAGGCCAUUGGCUGGAACAUCAACAUCCCCGCCCUGCUGCAGGAGAAAUGACCUCCUCCUACUGUCACCUGACAGUGAAACUCCACCCAAAGUUUGUCUUUGGAAUGUCAAAUGCUCACAUCCUGCAGGCUUAAAAGGUGGCUGUAAACAGUUUUGUUUCAUGCUUUUUAUUUUCCGUGAAAACUUGUCACUGAUGUCAUUCGAGCACUGACACAAUGACAGACUUUUAACAGCCGUCUUUUGAGUCUACAGGAGGUCGGUUUUUGAAAGCCCCCUGAGGUCUGGCCUCCCCCAGUCUGGGUUGCACAAAAGAAAAAGGACUUGCGCUUGCUGUCUACUGUAUCUGUCACGCUGUCUAACUCACCACCGCCAAUAUACACUGAACACAUUUGUGUGUUUUUUGCGUUGAAGCGAUUCCUCACCAUCUUUUAGGGAGGGGGGGGACAAUCUGUGUGCCACUAAUGAAAAAAGCACAGAGACGUAACACAGGAGGUUCUUCGUCUCCUUUUGUUUAAAAACUAAAAAGCAGAAAACAUUUUGCUGAAGAGUUAAAUAAGUGACAUGCUGCACGUCUCUGCUUGAUGCUGCUUUAAGAUACAAUACAGCAAAUCUAAUCUGUGCCACUAACAGCAGAUUUAUGUUUGGAUAAAAACAACAAACUGAUGCUUUAAAGGUUAAAUUCACUAGUUUCGUAUAAUCAAUUUUGGUGUCUAGUGCAUUUCAGGAGUUAAUCUGUGAUAACUUGCCAUUUAGCUCUUACUUUUCCUGAUUUCUGUGAUUGGUGCCAUUUAGGUUAGCUGUUAACAGUGUUGAAAAGAGGAUUUUUCCUCGAGUUUCAUUGCAAAAUGUUUUGUUUUGCACCCGAGAUUCGCAGCUGAUACCCAUAAUACCAUCAAACAAAACUCAUUGGACAGGUGACAACUUGACUUUAAACGCGCCUAUCAUAUUAUUACAUUAGGUGUUAAAUCUCAUUUUGGAAUGCAGCUCUCGUCAUGUUUGUCACAGCUGGGUUCUGCUCAGAGUCUCUGUGUGAUUCAAUAAUGCACCUUUUCCAAAAUACCAAUAGCUGUUUUGCAUUUUGUUGCUGUUUUUAGAAAAAAAGAAUGACUUUGCAGCUUCUGUACAUAGUCAACAAAAAUUUCCCAACAGCGAGGUAGGAUUGUUGUCUGCACAGUCAGACACAUUGGGACCUAACCCAAAGGGGUUUAUGGUCCUAUGGCUGAUAAAGAAACUGAAAUUGGCUGGUUCAUCGUCUUUGUAAAAGAGUAAAACCUCACCUGUGCUGGCAGUGGUGCUGUGUUAGUAUUACGGUUGUGCUGCUGUUAUGUUGUUGGCCCUCAAAUUUUCACCAUACUGGAUGGCUGUCAGACUGAUCCUGAACAUUCAGUCACUUUUACGAGAAACCUGUUAAAAGUAGGACCUUGCCUCAAAAUCUUCUUAAAUUAAAAAUGGCAAAGGAUUUGUUCCGCGCUCACUGACUGGAGAGCUGCCACUGGUGGCUGGUGUACUGCCACAUUAAUUAUUAAAACAAUGGUCAAAUUAGUAUUUAGUCUCAAAGCAUGCAAAAGUAGUCAAGAAGUCACUAUUUAUUAGGUAUUUACAUUGAUUUCUCUAGCAGGUUACAAUUUCAUGUUUUAAUAGCAAUUUAUGAAUUUUGUUGUUGAUCUUGUCUUGAUGAAAAGUCUGAAAAUCUCCUUACGUAAGUGAGGUGAGCUCUGAACUCUUUGUAUUAACAUUUGGAAAAGUAAGUGAGCUUCUUUCUGGAUCUGGAUUGUUAAUCUUGUGUCUUUUAAGCUCCUGUAAAGCGGACAAUGGGUGUCACCCACUGUUGGCUUUAAGUCAUUAACAGAAGAAGCAACGCCUCCUAAUUCAGGAACACAUAAAGCUUAUUUUAUUAAGUUCUUGUAAAGAUCAGCUCUAAUGUUACAUGUGAUUUAGAAAAGAGCAGAGUCGCUUAGAGAUGAGCCUGGCUGAGGGUGG